UGCAGUACCCUGAAACAGCAAGGCGCAAAACACAACAGGAUUAAACAAAUUGAGGAUUAAUUUUUAUUUUUGCGGUCAUAUAUUGGAUUACAUUUUUUUUAAACAAAAUUCCAAGAGUUUGUUGACGUUCACAGAUAGUGGCAUGCUGCUUUGCUGUCUCCAGGCAGAUUUUAUGGACCAAGGCAUUUCAUCAGGAAAACACCUCCAAGCAAGACAUUUACCAGUGAAAGAGACUUGAAGAUUCUCCUCAUCAAUAUCGCUCACUGACAGAGUUGAUCAGCAGGCUGAUCCUUGUUGUUCUACUGUUGAACUGAUUGUCUUGAACUCAAGCAACACAUCUCCGGCACAGCUAUGGUUGGAAUAAAACCCACAGACCUGGCGCCAACUACGGCUGUCAAGUUUGUUGGUGCAGGCACAGCAGCCUGCAUCGCUGACCUUGUGACCUUCCCCUUGGAUACUGCCAAAGUCAGACUACAGAUUCAAGGGGAGGCUCAGUUGGGGCAUGGGGCCCAGGCUGUGAGGUAUCGGGGCGUGUUUGGUACCAUCACCACCAUGGUGCGUACAGAGGGGGCCAGGAGCCUCUACAGCGGGCUGGUGGCAGGGCUCCAGAGGCAGAUGAGCUUCGCCUCCGUCCGUAUCGGCCUCUAUGAUUCCAUGAAGCAGUUCUACACUCAUGGCUCUGACAGUGCUAGCAUUGUUACUCGGCUCAUGGCAGGCUGCACCACCGGAGCAAUGGCUGUGAUGUUUGCUCAGCCCACAGACGUGGUCAAGGUGCGUUUCCAGGCUCAAGUACGUCUGGCUGACGGGGUGAAGAGAUACAACGGUACUAUGGACGCUUAUCGGACCAUCGCCCGAGAUGAAGGGGUGCGGGGCCUUUGGAAAGGCUGCAUGCCGAAUAUAACGCGCAAUGCCAUUGUGAAUUGUUGCGAGCUGGUCACCUACGACAUCAUCAAGGAACUCAUAUUGAAGUACGACCUAAUGACGGAUAACCUUCCAUGCCACUUCACGGCUGCGCUCGGUGCAGGGUUAUGUACCACCAUUGUCGCAUCACCAGUAGAUGUGGUUAAGACCAGAUUCAUGAAUUCAACGUCAGGCCAGUACAGCAGCGCAAUUAACUGUGCCUACACUAUGCUGACUAAGGAGGGGCCAACAGCCUUCUACAAGGGGUUUGUGCCCUCCUUCCUGCGACUGGGGUCCUGGAACAUUGUGAUGUUUGUGUCUUAUGAGCAGAUCAAGAGGACUAUGAUGAGAACAAAGACUUCCUGGGAGUCACCAUUCUGAUUUUUUGUUAUUUUUCUAAUGUUUCUCUGGACUGAGCCUUGCAGGCAAUGAAGGCUUCACCACAGCACUGUGGAAAUCACGCCUGUUCUCCCCCAUUGUUCCAUGAAAUGGAUUUCUGGAGUGGACUUCUAACAGUGGUGACAUAUGUUCAUUUUUAAAGCCAGAGAGUCAGAUAUGUAGGAUUCACAGGAAGUAUGUGGCACCUUAAUUGGGGAGGACAGGCUCCUGGUAAUGGCUGGAGAGGAAUGGUAUCAAAUACAUCCAACAUGGUUUCCAUGUGUUUGAUGCCCUUCCAUUUGCUCCAUUCCUGACAUUAUUAUGCUCCGUCCUCCCAUCAGCAGCCUCCUGUGGUAGGAUUAUCCACCACUAUGCAUGUUAAGGUGUAAGGCCCAAACGGGGCCCAUGUAAAAUGGACUGGUAGCAAUUGGCCUGUGAAACAAUGGCCACUUUUAGAUAGUAGAGCUGAGCCAUAGACCGUUCCUCUUAUUCUCCCUCAUUCUUUUUCUUUGACUGUGUAAAGAAAUGUUUACAGUUUUGCGCUUAUAAUGAAGUUGUUUAUAUUUCUAUGUAUUAUUUGUUUACAUGUGGCGUUUUCUCAUUAAGAUGUGAAAGCUUGGUUUAUCGCUGGUCGAUAUCUCAUUAUCAGGUCAUGAAUUAUGUAUAUUCCAAUGCAAAUGCAAUACAUUUGGUUGACCUAAAACAUAAAUAAAGCUGCACUUUUCCCCCCAA